GCUAAGCAGGUCCAUGUCAGGGUCCAUGUUCACAGCAUCACAGUUCUCCGUCGCCAUUUUGCCGUCAAUGGGGAGGGGCGGGGCCACAUUACUGCAGUCGUUACGUACACUGUAAACAGGAAGUUGUCCGCUAGAUUUUCGGACCUGAGAGAGAAAGUCAUGGGCAAAAGCUGUAAGGUGGUUGUGUGUGGCCAAAGUUCAGUUGGUAAAACGGCUGUUUUGGAGCAACUAUUGUAUGCCAACCAUGUUGCAGGUUCGGAGCCCAUGGAGACCCUGGAGGAUAUCUACAUCGGCUCAAUAGAGACUGACCGUGGUACACGAGAGCAGGUGCGCUUCUACGACACCCGUGGACUCCGAGAUGGGAUGGAGUUUCCCCGACAUUACUACACUUUUGCAGAUGGCUUUGUACUUGUUUACAGCAUUGACAGUAAAGAAUCCUUUAAGCGGAUGGAGGCACUCAAAAAGGACAUAGAUCGUCAUAGAGACAAGAAAGAGGUGACCAUCGUUGUGCUGGGUAACAAGCUGGACAAGCAGGAUGAAAGGAGAGUCGACUCUAACCUGGCCCAGAACUGGGCGAAGAACGAGAAGGUUCGUUUGUGGGAGGUGUCGGUGGUGGACAGACGCACUCUCAUCGAACCCUUUGUCUACCUGGCGAGCAAAAUGACCCAGCCGCAGAGCAAGUCCACCUUCCCUCUCAGUCGCAACAAGAAUAAGGGCAGUGGUUCAACAGACAGUUAAAUGACCAAACACUGUUUUCAUGUUGAAGAGGGAGGAAAAAGGGAGAAGAGGUGUGUUAAAGGGAACCUUGUUUUACUAAAGGAUCAAUUUUGAUAUCAUGAAGGACUGAGGACUGAGUAAAAGUUGGCUUUUUAAGAAUGUAGAGGAGCAAUGAGAGGAAAGGCAGCAUGAUUGUAUGGAUAUUUCUGUGCAGUCAGCAUCUGUUUUAUUGCUAUAGCAUCCAUAUUUCAUGUUUUGGUGAAACACUUACUACUUUAAUUAUUACUGAGAGAAAAUGGUGAUCUCUUGAUUUUAUUUUGUCAUAUCAGCUAAGAAAUUGAAGAAUGUAAGGUGCUUUUGUUUGCCACCCCCAUUUUAUUGGGCUGAAUUAUGGUCAAACUGUUCAUCCACAUUCUUUAUAAUUACUGCUGUUGUUGUUGGGCCUACCACUACUGACAAUCAGCAUUUGAAGAACAUUUGAACAGUCCAAAGUUUUCAGCUAUCAUAGAUUCAUGGUGCUCACUGUAUAGAUAAAUUAGGACCCAGCACACAUGCACACUGGCUACUGUUUUAUAUAUGUACACACAGACUGAAUCAUAAAUGGCACCAGUUUCAAAUGUUACCUACUUGUUGCAUCACACAAACGCUGAGUUUCACAUUUUGGAAAAGUUAUGAUGAGUGACAGGAUUUAAUGAAACAUUAUUGAUGAUGUUCACUGUGCUGUUUGUUGGUCUGGAUAUUUGUUACACUAUAUACAGUUUAUAUGUAUGCAGAAAUUCACUGUUGGAUAUUGUUGAGUGAAUGAUUGACAUUCCUUACCACGUAUGGCCUUCUUAACAGGCUUUAAAAGUUUGAAUAUGAGAUAAAAGGAAUUCAGAUGAAAGGCAGUUUCUGCGGGCUCAGGUGCUACUUUUUUCUGCUUGCUACACAUUAAAAGAACAUGGGGUACAAUAUACAGUAAAAUGUCAUAUCUUUAACAACGUGACUCAUCAAAUUAUCAGUUACAGUCACUGCUGAAAUUAAAGCUGGUCUGUUUAUACUGAGCUAUAAAAUAAAACCCAUAAGAACACAUUCACUGACCUGUUCAUUCAGGGUGCAACAUAAAGUCAAAUAUGUGCAGCUUUUUACUGAAAGGGGGAAAUCUGUUGAUAUUGUCUUGAAUAUCAUUGUGUUUGUGCCAGACUCAACAACAUGUAUCAUUCAACUUUUUUGUGAAUAUUUAGCAUUAAAAUCUGAAAUGUGUUUGCUUGAUACUUGUUUGCAUGUUUUGUAAACAAAUUAAAAGUAUUUCUCCUGUGCCUAA